CCUAUCUUUUAGUGUGAUUGAAGUCCUUCAUAAGAUAAGAAAGUUAAUCAAAAAGUCUCAUGACCAGCAAUCUUUGCCCUUCCAGUCCCUUGAUCUUCGCCCAACGUGGAAUAUCAGAUGCCAAGUCAUUCAGGGUCCCAAACUCAGACCUGGAGAACAUGGAGAUCAACAAUUUCCCCACGGCGCCAAAAGUGAGUUUCCAUUACUGGUCCCAGAAAGGAGUAGAUAAACCUUACUAGUCGGUUUCCAAUAUGAAAUAACACGGAAAUGCUCAGCUCCUUCUCAAAUCCAACUCGCCUCCAGGCAUUUUCACUCCAAGAUGUCAGCACAUCUCGCCUGAGGCUGGAAGGCUGCUAUGCACGUCGGGUCCAUUUGCGGUAUAGCGUCGGUAAUCAACCAACCAGAGCGCUCCCAGCGAAACAUCAAAGAUCUCCAAGCUCCCUGGUGGGCUCUAAUCUCGAGUGACCAAACCAUGCCACGAACCAAACAAUAAACUUGUAUCGCUUUCGGCGGAGACCAAGAGUCCGCAAUUCCUCCAACUGGAGAUGCGAACUGCAGACAGCGUCACAGGCACAUUCAAACUUCAAAAACGGCAAUCAUCUUGUGCCAGCAGGAUGCCGAGAUGAGGCGGGGAGCAAGUGAAGUGAUGGCAUGGGCCUCAAAAAUGCAGUGAGGUGGUGUCGGCGCUGCCUCGGUUGCCUCAAGUGGGUGGGUUGAAAACACUCGCUUAUUCACGCCGAGCCCCUGAGUCCAUUGGCCUAAAAGGAGUUCGCGGAGGUAGUGGUCCAUCCCACUCCUGAUUUUGUCGCCGCCAGUAGUAGUAGUAGUGGCACCAGAAAAGUGCUGGAGUACCUUUGUAACCCCUCGCUCCCACUGCAGUUGGUACUGUGGGGAAAUGCGUCCGCUAAAGUAGCUCGAGUGAGUCGUGCAUCUGCAUCCCGACCAUCAAUAAUGCUGCUCCAGUCCCUCCAGCAUGAACGGUUGUCUCAUCAGCUGCUGGUCUUGGUUAAUAUCGAGCCUCGCUUUCCCACCCUGUUUCCAGAAGCCCUCCCUUCGGCCGUCACCUACCGAACCCCAGAUUCUCCAUCACUCGAACCUGCAUGAGCAUCACAGGGUUUCGUGGUGGCGGCAGGCUCCUCAAGCUGGAGCACAUCGUCUGAUCUACCAAUCACCAACCCAGUCGUGUAUCUGAGGGAACCCUGCAGAUAUCGGCCACCCAUGUCAGCGUAGUGCACGCGGCACGUAAUCAAUCUCUCUCUUUCUCGAAAAUAGAUAUGGUAUGGAUCCCGUAUCAACAAAGCCUUGUCUUACCUUGCCUUCAUAUUCUUUAGAAACCUCGAGUCACACAUAGAGAUUGAGCCUUGUCUUAUGAUUGCAAUUUCAUCUGCCAGCUUCCUCUUAUUCUGCUGUCAGGACCUUUUUCGAUGACCCCAACUGUCGGUUCUUCCUGCACCAGGCACAAUGUCAAGCUCAUCACCAGAUGCCUCUCCGACCUCUGCCACCGGAGGCGGCAGAACAUUCUCCAUUUCUAGAGACAAGUUCAACAUUGAUAUCCCAUCUCCUCGUCUACAGCUCAUUACAAACGGCAAUGGUGUGAACGGAAACGGGGCUUUACACUCACCAAACCCACUCAAAUCACCCAACUCCCGCCGUGUGCAGAACUUCUCCCGCGAGGGCAUACUGGGUUCAGCCCAGAAAGCACGAAAUCUUUCGCAGUCCUCUGGAGAUAGAGAGUCCAUGACAAACGGCGUACAGCACAGACAGAACAGUGACGAUGGUAUCAACCCAUUGAAGAGAAGGAGCACAGAUGCUGGCAUCGAUUACCCCAGGCGGAGAGCCACCAUAGCUUGUGAGAUCUGUCGAUCCAGAAAAUCAAGAUGUGAUGGAACCAAACCCAAAUGCAAGCUCUGCACCGAGCUCGGGGCAGAGUGCAUUUAUCGGGAACCAGGAAUUAAACUCGAUGCUGGAGACAAACUGAUUCUGGAACACCUCACCCGAAUCGAAGGUCUUCUACAAAAUAAUCUUGUCGGACAAACCUCGAGUAUGGCGAUCUCAACCGGUUCUCCUUCAAUCAAUGGAGCAACUACCAUCAGCAAUGAAGACAUCAUGAUGCAGAGCACCAGCAACUUCGUAUCCAUGAUCCCCGCAACGGGGCUUGGCACAUGGACCACCCCAACGAACAUCUCCACCAUGCCGAAAGUUCACACUAACGCUGCAUUGCAUCUCCUUCAAUGGCCAUUAAUUCGGGAUCUUGUAUCUCGACCUUACGACCCUCAAAUUCUACUUCAACUCGAAAUGGCACGAGAACCUCUCGCCUUGUCCAAAACUCCCUGCUUGGACCUGUCAAAUACCUCGGCAUACAUCGAAGCGUUCUUUUCCAAGGUCAAUGUGUGGUAUGCCUGUGUCAAUCCUUACAACUGGACAAAUCACUAUCGCAUUGCUUUAUCCAACGGUUUUCGAGAGGGGCCAGAAAGCUGUAUUGUGUUAUUGGUGCUGGCUCUUGGCCAAGCCAGCUGCAGUGCUAGCAUUUCUAGAGUACCGCCCAGCGACGACCCACCAGGACUGCCAUACUUCGCAGCAGCAUGGGCAUUACUCCCGGGUCUCAUGACCAGAAACUCAGUUCUCUCUGCUCAAUGCACCGUUCUCGCCUCCGCAUACCUCUUCUACCUUGUCCGACCUCUGGAAGCGUGGACAUUGCUCAGCAGUACCAGCACGAAACUGCAGCUACUUCUCAGCGCACCUGGAAGAGUUCCUCUCGGCCAGAGAGAACUUAGCGAGAGAGUCUAUUGGAAUGCAUUGCUAUUUGAGAGCGAUCUUUUGGCUGAGAUGGACCUUCCACACUCAGGAAUCGUGCAGUUCGAGGAAACUGUUGGACUACCAGGUGGCUUCGAGCCUGAAGAGGAAGAAAGUGUUGGUCGAGAUGACCUGUGGUACUUUCUGGCAGAAAUUGCCCUCCGAAGACUCCUCAAUCGAGUGAGCCAACUCAUCUACUCAAAAGACUCGAUGGCUUCGACACAAAGUCUCGAGCCUGUGGUAGCGGAGUUGGAUUUCCAACUCGCGCAGUGGUACGAAAGCCUCCCAGUAGCACUGCAGUUUCCAUACAGCCGAACAAUGCUUGCCGACCCGGUGCAGACGGUGCUGCGACUACGUUAUUUUGCUUGCCGAACUAUUAUUUUCAGGCCGUAUAUCCUUGCGGUGCUGGAUAAUGAGCAAGCUGCUAUGGAUCCUUCGGUCCGUGAGAAUUGCCGCAAAUGCCUCGAAGCUUCAAUCCGACAGCUAGAGCAUAUCACAGCGCAUCAUGCAGGUCACAUGCCUUAUCUUUGGCAAGGUGCACUAUCCAUCGUCUCUCAGACUCUCCUCCUCAUGGGCGCCACCAUGUCGCCUUCACUUUCAAGCAUCAUAUCCACGCUUGUACCGCAUAUGGACACAGUCGAUGCCAUCAUCAACGAUGUAGUCAUGGAAAUCGAGCGCUAUGCACACCUAGCGCCAAGUCUCAGUCUCUCCGCCGAAAUAAUUCGCGAGGCAGAAAUGCGCCGCCGCAGCUACCUUGGAGGGUAAACUCCACUAUCACCAAUACCACGAUACUAUACAAAACGACUUUAUGCCGCGUCAUUGUCUGCUACAACCGGUGUGCAAUCCUGCUUCUCAAAAUCUCCGAAGCUGCACAGGACAGAAAGAAACGCUGCACUCAGGAGCAGCUGGCAGAAGGGCCGACUGCUCCCAUGGUACUGGGACAAACAACCGCGCGAUAUAUUGAACAUAUGCGAGUCCGCAGACUCCGAAUUUGAAGCAAUCAGCCUUUCACAGCAAGCAGAGCUGUCGUUGGGUGUGGCUGUCAUAUACUGAAGGAGUCGCGGGCCGCAGACCCGACUCGUCUGCCUCGCUAUCCAACAGCGAAUUAAGAGUAAAUAUAAAACACCAUGGCUCCACACCAACACGCUGCGCGUCAGUCACCAUCCGCACCGCCACACUCAAAAGUGACAGGUGGUGGGAUGAACUUUAUUCAGUCUGGGGAAAUUGCUGGAAAGGGUUGAUUCCUUUCUGGCUGAGGGAUUUCCGGGUAGUCACGUGUCAGGGGAAGAUGACUUGCAUCUUAAAGUCUUGGUUGUUCGGACGAUGACGAACUUGGGCGCAAUUGUAAUUUUAUGUUGGGCAUGAAUGAAUGAAUGGAUGAAGUCAUACGAAAUGAAAUGCGAGGGGCAGAGACUGGGCAUAGCAUUGAGAAGUUAGCAUAGGAUGCCUUUCAGGCCUUGAUGGUCGAGUCGAAAUGUCAUGAUACAACACAAAACCUCAAAUUUUAAGCAUCUCAUUGCCUAGUGAAUAAAACUCAAAAGAUUCUAUGACCCACUCGGAGCACAAAGCUAUACCACCAAGGGCCGGGCCGCUUGACUUAGACUCCACAAGACGGAGUGUUCACAGUCCCUAUCUGCACAGCUUCAGUGACAUCACAUACACCCCUCCCUUCCUCAGUUUCUCUUUUCCUCAAAAACACCGCGGCAGCAGCGCCUCGGCAUCUUCAUUUCCGUUCCUGACAGCACAAGCCAAAACAAAAAAAAAACAAGCAUACACCCCUAAAGUCAAAAGCACCGAACCUUCAGACCCUACACGUGGACCUCCCUCCAUACCCUACUUUGGGUACCUACCCCUCAUUCCUCGGAACAACUUACCGGCGGAGCAACUGUACACUCGACAUGUCACUUUCUACUCCUCUCUCACCUGCUUUCCCCAGACCCGCCAAGCCUCGCACGAGGACCCCAGGAUUCGAUAUCGGCGUGCAGAGAUGCGCAGUGUACACAUGCA